GCAUGCGUAGUUAAUGAGAAUGAGCCUCUGGCAGGCUAGGGAAGACGCCGAAGGAGUAGGACGCAUGCGCGGACAUGGGGGCUGGUGCGCAGGGGGUGAAAAAUCAACGCAGACUUCACUUUUGAUUUCCCCGUCGUGUAGAUUCUUGUUGAAUGUUUCCGGCUGGAGGCCGGUGCAAAAACAGGUCCUGCUGCACCGCCUUGUGUCCGCGAUGAGCACCUGGGCUUUGCUCCGUUUCCCUGCACCGCUGAUCAGGAUGUGCUCAGGGAACUGGGGACUUGGGCUUCAGGAGAAGCCAGCACUGCUCUUCCCAGGAAUGGCUGCCACUGCAGUGCAGGUGGCAGGCAGAAAGGACUAUCCUGCUCUGCUUCCCCUGAAUGAGAGUGAGCUUGAAGAACAGUUUGUGAAAGGCCAUGGUCCAGGGGGCCAGGCCACCAACAAAACCAGCAACUGUGUAGUGCUCAAACAUGUGCCUUCCGGCAUUGUGGUCAAGUGCCACCAAACACGAUCAGUGGAUCAGAACAGAAAGAUAGCUCGGAAAAUCCUCCAGGAGAAAGUGGAUAUUUUCUACAAUGGUGAAAACAGCCGUGUCCACAAAGAAAAACUAGAGGCUGGGAGGAAAAAGCAAGCGAAGAAGAAAAGAGCAAAGGAGACCCUAGAAAAAAAGAAGUUGUUGAAAGAACUAUGGGAAGCAAGUCAGCACGUCACUGAGGAAAGGACUGGUGCUGAUGGUGUGCCAGGGGGCUUUCGGGAAUAGCAGUGGUAAUGCCUGGCACAAGUGUUGGAGCAUCUAAAGAGAGCGGCCUGGAGGCGGAAGUGGUGGUACACACUGCAGUCUCAGCACUUGGGAGCGCUAGGGCUUGGGCAGAAGCACGUGUCCCACAAGUGAGUUUGAGCCUCAAAAUCCACAUAAGGGUGGAAGGUCAGAACUGACUCCAGAGUUAUUCUCUGACUUCCUGAUGUAUGCUGUGACACGUAUGCCCACACUUGUCACAUACAAAAAUGAAUAAGCAGGGGGCUGGAGAGAUGGCUCAGCGGUUAAGGGCAUUGCCUGCUCUUCCAAAGGUCCUGAGUUCAAUUCCCAGCAACCACAUGGUGGUUCACAACCAUCUUGUAAUGAGGUCUGGUGCCCUCUUCUGGCCUGCAGACAUACACACAGAAUAUUGCAUACAUAAUAAAUAAAUGAAAGAAUAAAUAAAUAAAUAUGAAUAAGCAAUACAAGGUUAAGAUAAAAAAAAACAAUUUGAUAGAGUACUGAUAUUAGUUAACCCCACUUUUAUGGCAAGUUGAACUGAACAAUAGCACUUAUUGGCAUCUUGUCAACUCCAGGGACAUUGCUGAGCUGUCUUAAGGUAUCAUUUAGCCUUAGUUUUUGGUAAAGGGUAUGGUAAAGAAAACGAACUGGCCGGGCGGUGGUGGCACACACCUUUAAUCCCAGCAGAGGCAGGUGGAUCUUUGUGAGUUCGAGGCCAGCCUGGUCUACAAGAGCUAGUUCCAGGACAGGCUCCAAAGCUACAGAGAAACCCUGUCUUGAAAAACUAAAAAACAAAGAGAAGAAAACAAGCUGUCAGUGAAAUGGCACUAAGUUACCUGCUGUGCUUACUGGUUUUAAUAAUUCACACAAAGCUACCAUCACCAGGGAAGUCUUAGUGAGAAAUUAUAAGGAUGUCUGUGGGAAUUAUCUGUAUUGUUAACUAAGUCAGAAAACCCAGCUCAUUGUGGGCAGCAUCAUUCCCUAAACAGGAAUCCAGAAUACAAGAAAGCUCGCUAAGAAAAGCAAGCAAUGAUGCUUUACUCUCUUGACUAGAUGUGGUAUACUACUGAGUUCCUAUCUUGACUUCCCCUAAGAUGACUUAUUGUAACUUGAAAUAGCAAGCUAAAUAAAUUCUUCUUUCAUAA